CAGCAAGCAGCCUCAUGCUUCGUCUUGGGCGCUUCUCCUCCUGCAUUGUGACCAUAUUUAUUUCGUAUUUUUAUAUUUUAUUAUAGCCUGAGGAGAGCAGGAGGAGGAGGUGGAGGAGGUGGGAGGAAGACAGAAAAGAAAGAAGAAGUAGUAGGGGGCCCGAGAGACAUGGAGCUGUACUGCUUGGAGUCGGACACAGCCGUGAAAGCCCAGCCUGACCCAAACAUCCUCUGUGAUGACAGAGUGCUGCAAAGUUUAUUAACAAUCGAGGAAAAGUUUUUACCCCAGUGCUCGUAUUUCCAACGUGUCCAGAAGGAUAUUCAACCUUACAUGAGACGCAUGGUUGCAGGUUGGAUGCAUGAGGUGUGUGAAGAAGAGAAGAGUAAUGAAGACGUCUUCCCUUUAGCCAUUAAUUAUUUGGACAGAUUCUUGGCAGUGAUGCCCACAAGAAAGAGUUAUUUGCAGCUUCUGGGAGCUGUGUGCAUGUUCCUGGCAUCAAAGUUAAAGGACAGCAGGCUACUAUCAGCAGAAAAACUUUGCAUGUACACAGAUAACACCAUCACGCCGCGGGAACUGCUGGACUGGGAACUGGUGGUGCUGGGGAAAUUGAAGUGGAACAUGGCCUCGGUCAUCCCCAAUGAUUUUAUAGAGCACAUCAUACGCAGGCUGCCCCUUCCCAAAGACAAGCUGGCCAUGGUCCGCAAACACACGCUGACAUUCAUCGCCCUCUGUGCCACAGAUGACCGCCUUGCAAUGAACCCUCCUUCCAUGAUUGCCACUGGCAGCAUGGGAGCCGCUGUCUGCGGCCUGCAGCUGGACCACGCUGACCAGAGGCUGAGUCGAGACAACCUGACAGACCUGCUGGCCAAGAUCACCAACACAGAAGUGGACUGUUUGAGGGCAUGCCAGGAGCAGAUAGAGCGUGUGUUGGCCACCAGCCUGCAGCAGGGCCAACAGUACCGGCAGGAGACCGGGGUCAGAGCGGGCAACAAGGCAAGGGAGCAGCAAGACCAGUCCAGCACCCCGACAGAUGUACGCGAUGUCAACUUAUGAACUCCCGUCGCCACCUGAAACACCAGU